AUGCCACGCAUAACCCUCCUUCUGUUCUUCAGCACAUUAGCCUCCGCACAAUCCCACAAACUCCUCCCAGGAUAUCCAAUCGCAUAUACCAGCGAAUUAACCCCGCGCCGGCUCUUCGACAAUUCCAGCGCGUGCACGGCCAGCGAUACCUGCGGCGAGUGUUUCGGGCUGGGCUACGUCCUCUGCGACGACGCCGGGUGCUUUAACCCAGAUGAUGGCGAGCAGUGCUGCAAGGGCGGGGGGAUGUGUGUUGGUCGUGAUGACUCGUGUUGUGAAGAUGGACCCGGGAAAGAAGGUAAAGACGGGGUCGUUUCUCAAACAACCUCUGAUGAAGAUGAUGAUGAAGACGAAGACAAUUCAGACGCUGUCUUCUGCGACGCAACCAUGACAGGCGAGGAGUGCUGCUCACAAGGCGGCAAGGAUAUCCACUGGUGCUCUGGGGAAUUCCCAGCAAACCAGUGCUACGAUGCGUCGGAGAUGACGUGCUGCGAGGAUGGGCAUGUUUGUGCGGGAGACGAUUGCUGUGAUAUUGUGGAUUCGAAGCCGACGACGCCGUGGGUUUCUGGGGCGGAGACGACUUCGACUUCGAGUCCGAGUUCGGCGGAGACUUCUGCUGAUGAGAAUGAGAGUGAGCCUACGGGUUCGACUGCGCCGAGUCCGAGUCCGACUGAUGCAGCGGACAAGCUGGCUGUAGGGACAGUGGUGCUUAUUGGGGCGGCUGCGGUGGGGAUGCUGGUGCUGUAG